AAACAAGCCAAUCCGAAACUUUUUCUCCAACGUUGCCUCCUUCGGCUUCAGACUCCUCCUCCUUAUCAUCCAUGUUGCCAGAUAUUGAAAACUGGAGUAAUAUGGAUGUGAGUAUGAUUCUUGUCAAUUCGGGAGAAGUUUGGGUGGUUAGGGAUCAAAGUGAAUGGACAAAGUUGAUCAAUGGAAUACACGGUGAAGAAAAAAAGUGUUUGGUUGUAUUGGAUUCGAAUGGAAAGUCUGUAAAGAAGUUUGAUCAAUCAACAAUUAAUUAUUUGAUUUGUAAAGGAAAGUUAGAAGAUAAAGAAAAUUCAUCAAGUGAAGUAAUGAGGGGAUUGGAAUUAUUUAAUGAAUAUGUACAGUACUCUAUCAGGAAAUUUGAGAACUCGAGAAUUAACUUGAACUCCAGAUUGGAAACCCUUCAGAAAAUGAAUUUCAAAGAGAAAUAUCAUAACUUUAAAUUGGAACAAUCAUUGAAUGUUGAUUUCUCAAAAAUUGUUAAUGAAAUGCAGGAAAAGCUAAGGCUUGUAAGAGAAAAAACCAGACUGAUUGUUGUGGAAAUGAAUUCUUUUCUAGCUCCAAACUUGAGAAAGUCUAUUGAUGGUUUAUCAAUUCAAGAGAGGAUUGAGUACUUUGAUAAUCUUAUCAAUAAUUUCACACAAAUUAAGAAACUGUUCAAAAAUCCAUUUGACGACAUGACAAAAAGAUUGUUUGAUGAAUUAUUGCUAUUUGAUGGGUUUGAACCUUAUUAUCGUCUUACAUUACAAGAAUGUUCUAGAAUUAAUAAUGUAAAGAGAGAGCUUGAGAAUUAUUUACAACAAGCACGAGAAGAGGAACAGGAAAAUCAAGCACAAUUCAAAGAAUUCAUAGGUAUAGAGAAAUUCAAGUAUGUGCUAAAGAUUGCUCCAAGUAUUGUGGACUACAUCUCAAACGAGACAAACUCCUCCAUGGAGGAUGUAGUAGAAAUGGCUUCUUCCAUCCAAUCUGUUACAAACAUUCAAGGAGAAAACACACUUUAUUCUUUAGAAGAAGAGGAAAUGGAUGAAGAUCAACAAUUAAAAGACCAAGAAAUACAAGAUUUGAGAUCACAAAUUGAAGGUUUAAACAAUCGAAUUGCCGAAUUGAACAACCAGGUUAAUGGGUGUGAUGUAAAGAAUAACUCAUUAAUUAUUGGGAAUGUUGAGUUUACUAAAAUGUUUGAAAAAGAGAUGCAAGACAUGACAGACAAAUUUAACAAAGAAAUUGAAUGUUUGAAAAUGGAGAAGGAAGAAAUCGAGAAAAAUAUGAAGGAGGAGAAGGAAAAUAUGUUACAACAACUUGAAAUUGAGAAGCAACAACGCCAAGAUUAUGAAAAACAGAUCAAGGCAUUACGUGAUGAUGUCGAAUAUUUGAAAAACGAGAAAAAGAAUGAAAAUAAUAAGGCCAACAAAGAGAUAACUGGAUUGAAUGAGCAAUUGAAAACUGAGAAAGAACAAAUUUCCAAGUUAAUGAAGCAACUAUCCUUCCUUAAAGAAGAAUCUGAAACAGAAGAGGCUAAAUAUAAUGCAAAUAUUAAGGAACAAAAGGAAAAGUAUCAAACAUUGUUGACAGAUCUAAACGAAAUUCAGCAGAAGUUGGAGUCCAGCAAAGGAGAAUGUACUGCUGUUAAAUCUCAGUUGGAAGAAAAUGCUGGAAAGUAUUGUGAAAAUAUAUCAAACCUUGAAGGUUUAAUUGUAAUGUUGAAGGAUGAAAUAAGGAAUGAUACACAAAACUAUAACGAAUACCAGCAAAAAUAUUUUGACUCUAAAAUUCUCUUGGAAUCAUUAGAAGUAAAACUAUCUGAAAGGGUUGAAGAAUUGAAAAAAGUGUAUGAUAUUAACAGUAAUUUAGAAUACCAAUUAGGAGAAAGUAACCACGAAAAGGAGAAAUUAAUGGAAGAUUUCAAAAUAUUACAGGAUCAAUUAGAUAUGAAACUCAGCAUGUGUGUGGCAGAAAAUUUAAAUCUGGAAGAAAAGCUUAAAAAUUUGGAAAAUGAAAAGGAGCAAUUAUUGAUAAGCUCAUUUGUGGAUCCACCAAAUCAAACAGAUGCUUCUAAUGACAAACAAAAAAGACUUUUAGAGAGUUUGGCGAAUCAACUUCAAUUAAUAUCUUUUUCCUUGGCAAGUGUUAUUCAAGAUAGAGCAAGAUGGAUUGAUAAUGUUCUUGAAAUACUAACAAAUCUUAUUACUGGUGAAAUUGACAAUCUCGAUGAAGACCAACUCAAUGACAUUGUGAGAGGACUAUGUAAUAGAUGGCACUUUGCCAGAGAUAAGAAACUCAUUGAUGAGAAUGGUUCUGAUGCUAGAGGAAUAGGGCAUUGA